CCAAGGAGCGGCCGGGGAGGUGCCGAGCUCGGCCGCCUUCCUCCCCCGGCCCGCGCGGUGCCCUCCUGCGGCCCAUGGCGGGGAACCCCUUCCGGGAGACCCCGAGCGCACCCCUUAGCAGCCAGGUAUCCGCUUCAGCCGUUGCGUCUGCGCACGCGCGGGACGCCACUUCCGGUUCCCGCCGCCACGUGACCCGACAGGCGCUCACAUGACCGCCGCGGAGCUAUGGCGGCGAAGGCGUCGUGCGUCCUGCUGCUCCUCGGGCUCGCGGCGCGCGGGCCCGCGGGCGCCGCCAAGAUGAAGGUGGUGGAGGAGCCCAACACGUUCGGGGUGAACAACCUGUUCUUGCCCCAGACCAGCCGCCUCCAGCCCAAGAGGGAGCCGGCGCCCGUGUCUGGGCCCGAGCAUCUCUUCAGACUUGCCGGCAAGUGCUUCAGCCUGGUGGAGUCCACGUACAAGUAUGAGUUCUGCCCAUUCCACAACGUGACCCAGCACGAGCAGACCUUCCGCUGGAACGCCUACAGCGGCAUCCUCGGCAUCUGGCAGGAGUGGGAGAUCACCAACAACACCUUCGCGGGCAUGUGGAUGAGGGACGGUGACUCCUGCCGCUCCCGGAGCCGGCAGAGCAAGGUGGAGCUUACCUGUGGAAAGAGCAACCGACUGGCCCACGUGUCUGAGCCCAGCACUUGCAUCUACUCGCUGACGUUCGAGACCCCCCUGGUCUGCCACCCCCACUCCUUGUUAGUGUACCCGGCGCUGCCGGAGGCCCUGCAGCAGCGGUGGGACCAGGUGGAGCAGGACCUGGCCGACGAGCUGAUCACGCCCCAGGGCCAUGAGAAGUUGCUGAGGGCGCUUUUCGAGGACGCGGGCUAUUUAAAGACCUCAGGAGAAAAUGAACCCGGGCUGCAGGAGGGAGGGCCCAAGGGCCCGGGGUUUGAGACCCUGGAAAACUGCAGAAAGGCGCACGCAGAGCUGUCAAAGGAGAUAAAAAGGCUCAGAAGUUUGCUCGCGCAGCAUGGCAUCCACUACACAAAGCCCACAGGAACCUCCAGCUCCGAGCACUUGGCCCACAGCACACCCACAGACAGACCCCCCGAGCAGCUGCGAGGUGACCCAGGACCACGCGGGAACUUCCUGUGACUCAGAACCUCCGGGAGCGUGGGGGGGUAGGGCAGAGAGGCCAUGGUCGCGGGGCAAGUAUACUACAGCAGGGGCCCAAGGCGGGGACACUCCAGGGAACAGAUGGCCAGUCUCAGUUUGUGUGCAGAGAUGGAGACAAAAUAAAGAUUCAGAGGUUUAAUUAAUUCUCAUACUGAUAAAAAUAAUUCCAUGACUUCUGUAAACCAUUGCAUAAAUGUUAUAGUGUAAAAAACUUAAACAAGUGUUAACUUUAAACAAUUCACUACAAGUAAAUGAUUAAAUACUA